UUUUGAUCACUCAGACUGACAAGAAAGGGAAUAUCCAACAACAACCAUAAAACAAGAAAGAACAAGAACGUCCCUGUCCACUUUCCCAUAGCAACCUCCCUUGAUUCUAUAUGGGUCUCUCCUCCUUGUUUCCUCUCUGUGAUUAUUGAUAUCAUCAUUGCUCUAUUGCUCCUCCCCCUUGUGUCUCGCUGCUGAAGAAUUUGUCUUCUCUGUGGGUUAUAUUAAACUGAGACACCCGCCGUCAUCUGCACUCCAACAUAUCGACACCAUUCAAGGCCGACAUUGACCUUAGACACCCGGAUACUCCCGCUGACAGACCCGAAUAUGAUGUUUGAAGACAUGACCGACGACUCCUUCCGACGCUACCCUCUUCCUGCCUUGCGAUCCAUUCCCCAUGGAGCGAGUGCAGAAGUAGGGGACGACCGUCGCCUGCCUCCCCUUCCGCGGGGCGAGCCUUUACCUCGGGGUCCAUUCAACCCAUUCCAUGCCAACCCCAAUGCGCUGGCCCCCAGCCCAGCCAGCUCGCAAGACUCUUUCCCCGUCAAAUCCCCUUGGCCGUCGGCCGAGCACAUCGUGACGCCGCCCUCCCCGGCCAACUCCGCCGAUAGUUCCUGGGCCGAGGCCAUGCCGGCACAGAAGGUGUUCGACUGGCCCCACGAACUAGCUCCCACCGACCUCCUAAACCUGAUCGCCCCAAAGCACAUCAACCGCAAGCCGCCGCUGCAGCAACUGUGCGGUCGCAAGCGCAAGGGCAGCAUGAUCUCAGGCGAGUCCGACGACCAGCGCGAAAAGCACCGCAUUGCCGAGGGGAACCGCCGGAAGAACCUGAGCCAGCUGCACCGCGAGCUGGACAGCCGCAUCCACGAUUUCUUCCUGGAGCGCGCCGGAUGGAACCCCUCCAAGAGCCUUCCGGAAUCCAAGGAGCAUAUCGUCCAGGGUGCCAUCUUCCUCAUCGACUUCAUGCUUCUCAUCAUCGUCCACCUAAUCCGCCAAGAGAACGAGAUGCCCCGGCAGUUGACCGAGAAGCUGCAGCCCCAGAUCCGCUGCAUGCAACUCCAGCAGCUGGUGUCCAACCUCCAGCAGCAAAACCAGUCCGUCCAGCAGCAGCUCAAGGCCGCCAAGCACGAGAACCAGCUGCUGGAAGAGCGCAACCAAGCCCUCGAGCUCCAGCUCAAGUCCUACGAGCACAUGUUCCGCUCGCCCCGCAGCGAACCCGCCGCGUCCCGGCCCCUGGCCGCCUCCUAUACCGACACCCGGCCGCGGAACAUGCUCCCGGGCCUGCGCGUGUUCUGCGACGAGAUCGGAGCCACCGGGACUGAGCCUUCUCGCCUAGACCCGCCUCACACGGGAUCAUCGCAGUCUUUCGGUCAUGCCUUUUUGAGCCACACUCCGCCGACGACGGGACCGUCGUCGCCUGCUUUCCCGCCCGUCUCCUACUCUGUCCCGGUCUCGCGGCGUCCCUCCCUGGGGCCGUCUCCGUAAUCGACCUUUCCUUUUAUCAUCAUCAUCAUCAUCAUCAUCUUGCAUGACGCCCGUCGCUGGGCGCCCAUUUCCUGUCACGUCAUGAAUCUCCUUGGUUGAUUCCUUUGGUUGAGAAAGUGGCAAGCGUUCUGCAUUGGACAUUUAAGCCUUCAUUCAAUAUUUGGUCGUCUCUCUUGGCAUAGCGUCUGCGGUGUACUAUGUUUUCAUAACUGUUUGGGUGGCUGAGACUCGUUUACUGUUCCUGUUUUUGUUCCUUUGUUUUCUUUCUUUGCUUUGUUUUUGCUUUCCUUUGCUUUUCAACUGGUUUUGUUAUUGUUGUUUUUUCACAGCGCGGGUUUAUUGUUUCUCACCGUGUCCCUCUUUAUCACUAUAUUUCGGCGAGCAUGGAGUACACGCGUUGUAUGGCGAAAAAAGGGGAAGCCUCAAGAGUUGAGUGGGUUGCAUUGGAAGAGGGUGUAUAGAUUUCUUAUUCUCUGGAUGCUGGGGACUGUUCUGUCACUAUUGCGGUAUCUGCAACUGAUCUGGAUAUACUGUCAUUAACUUUCAAUUGGAUUGACGUACAUAUAUUA